AACAGGUUGGAAAAGAUUGUAUGAAUGGGUAAUCCAUCAAUCAAUCUCCUCGAAAUAGCUUCAACUGUUUCAAACUCCGCGUAAACUCUAUCUUUCCUUCUUCACCAUUUUUAUUUUCAAAAUUUCUCUUUCUCAACAAAAAAAAAAAAAAAACCUAAGAUCAUCAUCAUCAUCAUUCAUCAUUCAUCACUGUGACUCAGUCAAUCUCAAAUUUGACUUAAUUUCCUCUUCCUUCUUCUCUUUCUUUCUCAGCCAUCGAUUUCCAUUUCAUUUCCCCCCCCUUCUUAUGCUCUUCUUUUCCCCCCUUACCAAACCCUCACAUUGAGGAAGCCCCAGAUUCCGAGGCCAUCCCAAUGUCCUCUGCAGAUUUAUUCAUCUUUUUUCUUUUCAUUCCUUUCUUCUGCGGAUUUUGAUUUUGGGUUCUUUUUUUUAUCUACUUAUGGUUUCGGAAUUUGGGGUUAUUGUAUCCAAUUACACUUGGGUUUCUGAGUUCUGUCAAACCCUAGCGCUUUGAAUCCGGUUGCGAUUCUUUGUGGGUGUUGACGAUUUUUGGAUUUUGAGGUUGGGAAGGGCGAAUUUGAGCGUUUUGGAGCGAACCCUUUUGGACGAAACGAUGCGAGGAAGUUCCGGUAAUUUGAACGUGAAUCCUGAUUUUCUUUGAUUACUGUUCAAUGCAAUGGAACGGCCAUUGACCACAUUGAUCUUCGUAAUUUCGGGGUUUGCUUUCAGUGUCUUGUCGCUUCUUGUCGAGUCUCAGACUCAAGAUGGAGCCAAUCCUACUCUCUCGCCGCCGAUACCUUCUCCACCGCCUCCCUCUCCGCCGCCACCACCACCGCCUUUAUCCCCGUUGCCGCCUCCGCCUCCGCCUCCGCCACCGCCCCCAAUCUUGUCACCACCUCCACCGCCCCUUUCGCCAUCUCCACCUCCAUUUUCCCCACCGCCUCCGUUUCCAUCGCCUCUUCCGCCGCGUCGUCGUCCUCCGCCCUUUCAUGCAUCCGAGAAUGGAAAAAAAUCUCCACCAGUGCCUCCGAAGAACAUCAAUAAUACUAAUCAAGGCUCGAAGCGAAGUCUCAAUAAGGGGAAGAAAGUUGGGCUGUUCUUCGUAGGUAUUGCCGCAGUCCUCCAAAUCUGUGUGGUGGGAUUUUUGGUAUUCAAGAGAAGGCAGCUCCUAAGAGUCAAAGACCGAUAUGAAGGCUUUUCAUGAAGCCAUUAGCAUCUGUUUUCUUCCUCUUACAACAGAGCCGAGGACUGUAGAAGUAUUCUUGAGGAUAUGGCGGCCAUUGAGCUAACUGGAUCCAGUCACCUGCUCCAUGAAAAAAAAAAAAAAAAAACCAACAAUUGGGUAAAUUUCAAGUCUUGGAUUGAGAAGAUUGACAAAGCUUGUUCUUGAGUUUAUAAGAGGCUGCACAAGCAGAAGAUGAAACUAAGCAGGCAGUAGGCGGAUAGAAAGGGCGAGCAAUCUUCUCUUAGGCUUUCCUCAGGUGUUGUGUAAAAAUGGGUACAUGAUAUUUGAUUAAGCUUUUUCUCCUUGUGAUUUUUGAAUUCUUGUUCAUUCUUUUGUCCAUUUCCGAUUAUACAGUUUAUUAAUUCAAACCAGAAGAAACCGUCUUGAAAUACCCCCAUCUUGUUGAAUUCUUUUUCUGCUAACCUCUGUUAUGGCUGUAAAAGAUUGUCUUUGUCUAAUAUCCACAAACUAAUUAUGCACUGAA